UUUCAUUUUUGAUAAUACCAUCCAUAGAACACUACAGCAGACAACAGCCAAAACCUUCUCUUCCUGAAUUUGCAUGUAAUUCAUGCAUUCUGUGGAUAAGGAGAUCAACAAUUGGCUCUGAAAUGAGCAGUUCAUUGAGCUUCCAAUUCACCAAGGCCUUGCCUCCCCGCCUCCCUUCUCAAUCCAAAAGCCCACCACUUUUGAUUGUCUGCAGACGUAAAAUUCCUCCACCUUCAAAGCUAAAGGCACAAAGAAGUCUCAGCACAGAGCCCAUCAAGAAUAGUGGAACUGCAAUUCCCAGUUUGGCAAUUCAAGUUGGGGCAUUUUUUGCCACUGUAGCAGAGCCUGCUUUAGCAGUAACAGGAGUGAAUGAUGAAGAAGAUUUGAUAACCAUCUUAAUUCAGUUGGGGAUAUGUGCUUUUAUAUACUUUAUUGUCUUUCCACCAAUCAUUAUGAACUGGCUUAGGAUCAGAUGGUACAAAAGGGGCUUCAUCGAGAUGUACUUUCAGUUCAUGUUUGUAUUCAUAUUCUUCCCAGGGUUACUACUAUGGGCACCCUUCUUGAACUUCAGAAAAUUCCCAAGAGAUCCAUCCAUGAAGUACCCUUGGUCUACCCCAGAAAACCCCUCUCAAAUCAAGGGUGCUUCUCGCAAGUACCCUUGGGCUACACCUGAAGAUUAUGAAUAACUAAAACUCAAAAAUGUAAUAGUAUUGGAAUUUGAUGUUUUUUUUUUUAGUCUGUCUAUCCAUCAUGCUAGUAGGCGCAAAUGACUGGCUAUUAAAUAAUGUUUAUUCUUUUUAGAGAAAAUUUAAGGAUAAAUUACCUUUUA